GGACCGUCUCCAUUUUCGAGCGAGUUGAAGCGAAGCGAUUGGGGAGCAGCGGCUCGGGUCCUUGGCCGAGCGGGGAGAGAGAGCGCCGUCCAUCCGCCCGCCCACCCGCCCGCUUCCAUUAGGCCAACAGGUCGCGGCUCGGGGCCUGGCCUUGCCUUGCCUUGCCUGCCCGUUUUGCUGGGGCGGAGACCGGGCCGGGUUUCGAGGCGGCAGCGGUCGGUGUGAGGAGCGGAGAGCAGGUCCGGGCCUGGACCAGGACCUGGAUUUGGAACCGGAACCGGAACUGGGCCCGGGCUCCGGCCGCAAGAUGAGCGAUCGUGGCAAAAGGAAGAGGAGGAAGAGCUUAAACCCCUCGCGGUAUUCAGGGUUCGACUCCACGGUUGAAGAUGAAGGUGAAAGCAGUCCCGAACACUGCACUUACUCAAGUGAUUCACAAGACCUUUAUAUGACAGUGAGACCAAUAAAUACAUUUUUAAAAGGAACUAAUAAGAGGCACUGCGGGAUUGAAAACUGGAGCCUUUUUAACGACCAAGAUGGAAAAUUUAACACCUACCAUUCUGACCAGAACAUUUCCCUCUCCAAUAAACACCAAGAUGAUACAACAGAAAGUUCAGUUAGUGAUGGUUCUGAAAGACCAGUAAAAUCUCCAUGCAUGGGGAUUCUAUACCAACAUAAGUGGCCUCUGCGGAAACCAUCCUGCGACGGACUCUACAGCUGUGAGCAUUGUGAUUUUAACAGCAAGUACCCGCUGGAGCUGAAACAACACGUUAUUCUCAGACACACGGACACUCUGUCUAACAUCUGCCCAGUCUGUAAGCGUGAAUUCCUAACGUACAGUCUGCUCCAUAAGCACUUGCAGGUCCACGAGGCGGAUGAGCCAAGUGCUUGUCAGCUCUGCAGCCACAGUGCUGACAACCCAAGGGAGCUGGAGUUGCAUGUGGCAGAUGCCCACAUCGGUGAGUAUCUAUACUGGUGUGAGCAGUGCGACAUUCACUUCAGCAGUACCAGUGACCUCCACCUUCACCUGCAGCAGCAUGAUGGUGAUGAGGAAUACCUCUGCCAGUUCUGUGAGUAUGGCACGGGCGAUGCCGCUGAGCUGCACGGCCAUGUCCUUUCUGAACAUACUUACUGCCUAAUGGAGAUGAAUGAUACCACCGAAGAUGGACUUCACGGAUCAGCGGGUUUUCUGAGCAAAGUGAGCUUUGACCGGGACCGUAAUUUCUUUAUAUGUCAGUCCUGUGGCUACAGGAGCCGGCUGUAUGCCAAUGUCAACAGGCAUGUGGCGAUUGAACAUGCCCGCUUCUUUCCGUACGUGUGCGAUGAUUGUGGGAAGGGGUUUUGCAACACCGCUGAAUAUGACAAACACUUGAACUUGCACACAUCUCAGGAGAUCUAUUUGUGUCAGUACUGUGAUUACUCGACAGAGCAAAUGGCAAACCUCCAAACACACAUAGACUUGGGCCACACCGCAGCGCUACCAUACAAAUGUGAGAUGUGCAUGCUGAGAUUUGCAAACAACAGCGAGCUCGUGUGGCAUCUUGCUAAACACAAACAGAACAAUCAACAGCUAUGGUAUCAGGUUUAUGACAAUUAAACAUCUUUUAAACUAGGAAUCUUGCCUAAAAAUGUAGAAUUUUAAACCUAAAGGUGAGAAACACAAUUAGCGUUUUGUUUUUAAGAUUGGGAGAAUGCUCCAGUGGAAGAAUACCAUGCAAUUUAUCACAAUCCCCUCCACGACUUCUAUCCAGUGUUUUACCCAGUGCACUAAGUGAGCUUAUGCCGCCAGCUUCAGAGGUGACUUAAUUUGUAUGUGUAUAGUAUUUUGAAUUGUGUUCUAAUUUUGGUGAUUUUAGCAUGGUGUGUGUGAAAGUUGAGAACAAAACAAGAGAUCAUUCCAAAUCCCAACACAUCGCAAAUGUGAAAAAUUUAGCCUUAUAAAUGUAGCUACGUAUUGAGUCUUUGUUCUUGUAUCUGGAAAGCAAAACCAACUCGGGAUAGAGUUUCUGCUCAAAAUGCAGUCAGUAAUUUGGACAUAAUUUCCUCCAGUUUUAUUUACUCAGGUUUCUUCUCAAAUUCAUUUAAGUAUUAUCAAUUAAAGCAAAAUUAGUCAGUAUUUCAGUGAGUGCUUUUUAAGACUUUGCUUUAAAUUAUGUUCUUUUAUAUUUAAGUGAUAACUUGGUACAGAUCCAAUACUAUGGCUGUGGAUUUUUGACAAAAAUGAGCAUUGUAAUCUUUCUUUAUCACCUGCUAGUAACUGAAUUCUAAGCAAAUAACCAUUUUUAAAAUAGACCGAAUCAUUUGCUAGUUAAAAUGUUGUACCUGUCAGUCUUUAGUCAUUUACAUUAUCAAAAUCAUGUAAAACCUGCCCAAUAUAGCUUUAUACCGUUUUAAAACUCUCAAAGGCCAACAAAUGGAACCAACUAACAGAGAUUCACAGUGAAGUUUAACUUAUCCUCUGGGUAUGGCCCAUUUUGUAGGCAAUAUUGGCUUAUAGUGCAGUGAUUUUUAAACUAGCACCAAAGAUUGCAAAAAAUAGAUUUUUGGCUCGACCCGAUCUGCUCUUGGCUUUUCUCACUUUAAUACUAGCACAAUUGAGCAGAGACUCCAGGCGCAUCCUCCUAUGAAAUCAUGGGGUCUCUUUCACAUAUUUAUGCAAUUCUACUUUUCCAUUGGCCUUGGUUAUUGCAUUGGUGAGAAGGGAAUGAAUGUAGGCAAAAUAAAAUUAAAUGAAAGAAGCUCAAACAGAUCAUGGAAUAAUUUUGGUGAUGUUGUUCAGAGGCUACCGUAUUGAGGUUCUGGGUAGAGGACUUUGAAUAAAUUUAGUAAUUAUUAGACAGUAUUAGAUUAGAAUCCAUCUCUGCAAUAUAUAAAUCCUCAAGGAGGGUAUUGCCUUAUUACAUAAAGCAAAUUAUUUCGAUCCAACAGUCUUUUUUCUGUUUAGUCAUCUUAAUUGUUUUUGUAAUGAUAACCUGCCCAUCUCUUUUUCUAGGCAUCUUGAGAAUAAUUUUUCUGCAGAUUCCGAAACGUGACGUUUUGUGCCCUUUAGCAAUCACGUCGGACUUUCUUGCACCAAUAAGCGUUGCUUCUUUGCCAAAGACUAACUUGGUAGAGCAUGAUCUGCCGUUUGCUAUUUGAGAACGGUCUUGUAUAUUACGUGUCCAGUGCAGCUCUCACUUUUUUUGUUCUCAUUUUAACCUUCCGCACCCACUUCAUCAGGUUACUGCUGAAAAGUAAUUGUGCAAUGUGAAACCUUGAUAUUUGUAUCCAAAUAUUAUCAUUGUGAGUGGAGGGAAAUAAUUUGUAUUUGGUCUCAACUACAGUGCCCUACAUAAUGUUUGGGACAAAGACCCAUCAUUUAUUUAUUUGCCUCUGUACUCCACAAUUUGAGAUUUGUAAUAGAAAAAAAUCACAUGUGGUUAAAGUGCACAUUGUCAGAUUUUAAUAAAGGCCAUUUUUAUACAUUUUGGUUUCACCAAGUUGAAAUUACAGCAUGUUUAUACAUAGUACCCCCCAUUUCAGGGCACCAUAAUGUUUGGGACACAGCAAUGUCAUAUAAAUGAAAGUAGUCAUGUUUAGUAUUUUGUUGCAUAUCCUUUGCAUGCAAUGACUGCUUGAAGUCUGCGAUUCAUGGACACACCAAUUGCUGGGUGUCUUCUCUGCUGAUGCUCUUCCAGGCCUGUAUUGCAGCCAACUUUAGCUUAUUUUGGGGUCUAGUCCCCUUCAGGCUUGUUUUGGGGUCUAGUCCCCUUCAGUUUUCUCUUCAGCAUAAAAAAGGCAUGCUCAAUUGGGUUCAGAUCGGGUGAUUGACUUGGCCACUCAAGAAUUUAUCAUUUUUUAGCUUUGAAAAACUCCUUUGUUGCUUUAGCAGUAUGUCUGGGAUCAUUGUCUUGCUGUGGAAUGAACCGCCGGCCAAUGAGUUUUGAGGCAUUUGUUUGAACUUGAGCAGCUAGGAUGUAUCUAUACACUUCAGAUCUGACUCCACCGCCCUCUGAGACAGAGAAUUCCACAGACUCACCACUGUCUGUGAGAAAAAGUGUUUCCUCGUCUCCGUUCUAAAUGGUUUACUCCUUAUUCUUAAACUGUGGCCCCUGGUUCUGGACUCCCCCAACAUUGGGAACAUGUUUCCUGCCUCUAGCGUGUCCAAAUCCUUAACAAUCUUAUGUGCUUCAAUGAGAUACCCUCUCAUCCUUCUAAACUCCAGAGUGUACAAGCCCAGUUGCUCCAUUCUCUCAGCAUAUGACAGUCCUGCCAUCCCGGGAAUUAACCUUGUAAACCUACGCUCCACUCCCUCAAUAGCAAGAAUGUCCUUCCUCAAACUUGGGGACCAAAACUGCAUACAAUACUCCAGGUGUGGUCUCACUAGGGCUCUGUACAACUGCAGAAGGUCCUGUUUGCUCCUAUAUUCGAUUCCUCUUGUUAUAAAGGCCAACAUGCCAUUCAUUUUCUUCACUGCCUGCUGUACCUGCAUGCUUACUUUCAUAGACUGAUGAACAAGGACCCCCAGAUCCCGUUGUACUUCCCCUUUUCCCAACUUGACGCCAUUUAGAUAGUAAUCUGCCUUCCUGUUUUUGCUACCAGAGUGGAUAACCUCACAUUUAUCCGCAUUAAACUUCAUCUGCCAUGCAUCCAAAUGUGACGGAAAGACUGGUGGAAAGACUAGGUGCGGAGAGCCCUCUUAUACCUGCAUUAAGGAGGCAAUUGAACACACCUGAGCAAUUACAAAUGCCUGUGAAGCCAUGUGUCCCAAACAUUACGGUGCCCUGAAAUGGGGGGGGGGAACUAUGUAUAAACACAGCUGUAAUUUCUACAUGGUGAAACCAAAAUGUAUAAAAAUGGCCUUUAAUAAAAUCUGACAAUGUGCACUUUAACCGCAUGUGAUUUUUUACUAUUACAAAUUGUGAAGUACAGAGGCAAAUAAAUAAAUGUUGGGUCUUUGUCCCAGACAUUAUGGAGGGCACUGUAUAUAGGCAAUCAAAGAUAAAUUAAAGUAAGCUACUUUAAGCCAAUGACCUGCAUUUUUUCCUCUAUGUCUUCUUGAUGUUAAUAUAAAAUGGAGCUUCCAUAACAACAUCCAGAAUGUACCUUGGCUCAGUGGGAAUAUACAUUCUUCGAAGAUGAUUUGUAAAGAAUGCCUCUGGUGACCAGAGGGUUUCCCCACCAGAUCAUUUAGCUUAGUUUUCUGAUUAUAUUCUGUAAUUGCUGACAGUCAUUUAGUAUUUAUUCAGAAGUGAUUUAGUCUAUGGGCUUUAGUGUAGUAUGAUGGACCUCCUACCACUGUUUGUAAAGUGGUUUUGGCAAAAUGUCGCUCUCCCUCUAAAUUGUAUGUGAGCUAUAAUUAUACUAAAGAUUGUAUCAAGUGAUGGAAUAAAUGAUAUCAGUUUUGAAAUAAACUUUACCAGCUCAUUUUGGAGAUGAUGGUU